CUAUUUCGGGGCACCCCAAUAACAGAUUUCCCUUGACCCACCUUUACCCUUUUUUCUCGUCAACAAAUUUUUUCCCCAAUUCUAAUUUCUUUUUCUCUCCCUCGAAUCGACCUCGAUUUUUCUUCUCGACGAUAAAAUCAACCCCCGAUCCUUCUAAUUCGUUUCAUUCUCUAUCGAUUGAUAACUUUUUUGGCUCUAGCCGUGUGGAAAUCGAAUCCCGAGAAGAAAAAAAAUAUUUCAUCGGAAUUUCUGAUUCCGAUUGUCAAUUGAUCCUAAUUAGCUCGAACCAAAAGAUCUUUUGCUCGAUUUUACGAAGACUUCUCCCAGUUAAACAUGGUGCAGAAAAGACCAUUUGGUGAAGAAGAAUUGUAUGAAGUUUCAUCGAAGCAACCGAGACAUGUAGAACCAAGUAGACAGCUAGUUUCCUUUUUGGAAUUUCCAUGUGAAUCAGUGGCUCCUCCUAAGUGUUACACUUCAGGUGGAGAAGAUGACAAAGCUGCCACUGACAAGAGACCUGGUAGUGGCAAUGUGGCUGAAGUCCAUAUUUCUACUGAGAAAGGAACUGAGAUGAGCUUUCAUGGCUCUGCUUCGAACUCUUCCUGGGCCACUAGUAGCACCAGCGAAGAAGACAUCAGGUCCGAGGCACCUUUUCACAUAUUGACAGCCUCUGAGUGUUACAAUAUUGAUCCUCAAUUCAGAGUUGUUAUUCAUCCAAGGGAGGUCUAUGCCUCUCUUUUGAGCAAUUCUCCACGAAAGUUGGUCCCCAUUGGACCAGAUUUCCAAGCUGAAUUACCAGAAUGGGGUGCAUAUGAUAGUAAGAAUAAAUCCAUCAAGGAGUGCACGAAUGAAAGCCUGAAUCUUCCAUCUCAAGAUCUAGAAUCAGAUAUUGUGGAUCAUUGUGAUGAAGAGAGUAAACUUGCUGGUACUUGUAUCAUUCCAAUGCCUAAACCAGAGCUACCUGCAGACCAUGAGGGGAACGUGGGAGCAGGAAAAAUUGAGUGCUCCUGUGAAGAUGCAGGUUCCUUCGGAUGUGUUCGACUGCAUAUCAUAGAAGCAAGGUUGAAGCUUAAGGAAGCCCUUGGUGAGGAAACAUUUGUUAGGUUGGGUUUUUAUGAUAUGGGAGAGUUAGUGGCAGAGAAAUGGCGUGAAGAGGAAGAGGAAUUAUUUCACGAGGUUGUAUUUUCCAAUCCUGCUUCACUAGGCAGGAAUUUCUGGAACCAACUUGCUGUUGAAUUUCCUUCAUGGAGCAAGAGAGAACUCGUUAGCUAUUAUUUUAAUGUCUUUAUGUUGCGGAAACGUGCCAAGCAGAACAGGUUUGACCCAUUAAAUAUAGACAGUGAUAAUGAUGAAUGGCAGGAGAUCGAUGACGAUGUUGUUGCUGCCGAAGCUAAAAUGACGGAUGAGGAUGAGGAUUCCGUGGUUGAAUCACCAGUAUACCAAAAUUAUCCUGGUAGCUAUGAGAUAUAUGAGAAUGAUAAAAAAGCAUAUGAUGAGGAAGCUGGUGGUGCAGCCUUGGAAGAUUAUAGGACUAUAGAUUUUGGCGGGAGGAAUGUCUUGAGUGAUGAGUUAGAAGCGUGUCCUGAUAGGUUGAUUGAUAGUAACAACAGUUCUGGACACAAUAUUCAGCCUCUAGAAAGACAUUCAAAUGAAAUAGGUGACCAUGAUGUACAAGAUAACUCUUGUACCACUGAUGCAGCUGGGCUUGGUUCAGAAGCACCACAAGGAAAGACUGACAAUUCUAAUCACUGGGCAAGUAAUUUUGCUGGUGUUGGAAGUGGCAGUGGGCAUGAUUUUGUGAUGGGGCCAUCUAAUGGUAAGGAAUGGGACAUUGGGUACUUAAGCUGUGCUAAAAAUAAAGUUGACCUUUUACCAACCUGCACUAUGAUUGAGGAAGUCUUUGGAGAUGGAGCCUGGAGUUCCAAGAACAGAGAUGGUCAUGGUUUAGGCUAAGCUUUGACAUAUUCACCCACUGUUGCCAACCUGCACCGGUUUUUUUUGCAGUUGCAUCAUCCUGAGAAUGCUUCUUAUGGAGAGUGGAGUCCAGUUUUUCUUGUAUAUUGUAAGAAAUGAUUAUGCAAGGGGGGUGUACAUCAGCUGAUUUAUACGUGGCUGUUAUCAAAUUAUUUUGUUGCCAUUGUUUCAUAUUGAAACACACCAAUUUUAGACUUUCAACCUUGCUUUGGGGUGGCUGUAGCAAGUUUUUUUCAGGUAGGCGCUUAGUAUUUAUUUAUGUAAAGUUUUAUGGCUGAGUUGAGCCAUAUUUGGAGAAGUGGAAAAAGAAAUCUUUUAAAUUCUGAUA